AUGCCUGGAGAAAAGAUAAGUAAGAGAUUUAGACCCCCGUUCUCUGGACAGUCGGGUAUAAGGAUCUUUGGAGGCAUGAGCCAACAAAGUUCAAGUCGUAAGAGGUCAAGACCUGCAGCUGGACCGAAUGGUAGAUCGGUAUCAGGUCGCGCUAGCAAGUUAGUAACUAGUACAGGGAGGAAACCACUUUCUGUGAACUGUGGUAGGCCUCAUACAGGAGUAUGUUAUAGUAGUAGGAAUGUGUGUUUCCAGUGCAGACAAGCUGGGCAUUUCAGGAGAGAUUGUCCUCAGCUAGGUCAUGGAGCACAGAAUGAGCAAAGAGGAGUUACCCAGACUGUAAACCAACCUAGAAUGACUAGAACUAGAGGGGAGGGAUCUAGUGUAGCUAAGCAGAAAGAGGUAGCUGGACGACCCCAAUAA